UUGAUCCAUUUUAAAUCGUCGAAUUAAUACGAACGCAAGGGAGCUCAUAUUUAUAUAUAACGCUGUUGAUGUGAAAUCUGUGCUCAUGCAGUAAUAUGUCAUGAGGUUUUAAAUGUCACUUGUGCAACUGAUCCAGAACUUGUGAAACUCGUGCAGGCGCAGCAGCUUCAGCAGCUCCUCCUCAUCUUCAUCUUCAUCUUCAGCGCAUUCUCAAACAACCCCUGCUGCUCCGGGAGCUCGAGGCGCGUCUUCUCGCCGGUCAUCAUGGCUCGGCUCGGUGUCGUCCUGCUGUUUCUGUGUGCUUCUGCUCGGCUUCUGGCGGUGUUCUCUCAGCUUCACCACGGAUCACGGACGCGAUGGACGAAUAACGGGCGUGCGUAUCGGCUGGUGAGCCCGGGGUCCCGGUACGUGCCGCCGGGGCGAAGAGAGGCGAGCAGCGCAGCACCCGCGCCGGUGUCCGUGAUCACAGACCGGCAGAACGCCUCUGAUGCCGGGAUGGUGUCCGAUGACCCGUACGAUCCCUACAAAUCCUUCAGGAGCAGUCCCUAUAGUCCAUACUACAACUACUACGACUCGUACUACAGACCCAGACAGAGAAGCGCGCGGAGGCAUCACGGACACGGAACCAGAUACUUCCAGAACGGUCUCCCGGAUCUGGUGGUGGACCCCUACAUGAUCCAGGUGUCCACGUAUGUCCAGAGAGCGGCCAUGUACAGCCUCCGGUGCGCUGCGGAGGAGAACUGCCUGGCCAGUUCGGCUGCAGACGCACGAGAUUACGACACCAGGGUUCUGCUGAGGUUCCCACAGCGCGUGAAGAACCAAGGAACCGCAGACUUUCUGCCCAGCAGACCGAGAUACGCCUGGGAAUGGCACAGCUGUCACAAUCACUAUCACAGCAUGCAUGAGUUCUGUCAUUACGACCUGCUGGACUCCGGCACACAGCAGCGCGUCGCAGAGGGCCAUAAAGCUAGCUUCUGUCUGGAGGACACGUCCUGUGACCCGGGAUACUACCGGCGCUACGCUUGCACGUCUCACACGCAGGGUUUGAGUCCCGGAUGUUACGACACGUACAGCGCGGACAUCGACUGUCAGUGGAUCGAUAUCACAGACGUCCCGCCGGGACGCUACACGCUGAAGAUCACAGUAAACCCAGGCUUCCAGGUGUCGGAGUCGGACUUCAGCAAUAAUAUAGUUCGCUGCGACGUCCACUACACCGGAGACUCCGCGCACGUGUCCGGCUGCAGCGUGACGCCACACUAGGAUACGAGAUAAACCAGGACGGCCUGAUGAUGAUCGCAGACCAUCUGUGUUUACUGUGCAGAGAUAAAGCUAAUAUCUGUGACAAUAAUAACGCAGAAUUAUGACAGACACCAAUCUAACCCAGCCAACACAAACCUGUUCCGAGAACGUUUCCGAACAUUCCCUUUAAAGCAUGACUUCGGA